GGCGGGGCGGCCCCUGGGCGGCCGCACGGAGCGGAGCGGCCCGGCCCGCAGCGGCGCACAGCCCGGCGCCCCGCCGGCCCCAGCGGUUCCGCACCCUCCGCCGACUCAGCGCGAAGCGGCAACGAGCAACGUUUCCCCCCCCCCCCCGCCCGCCCCGCCCCAGCCCCACCGCCACCGCGCCCGGCGGGCACCUGCCCUGCGCCGCGCCAGCGCCGGGAGCUCGCCUGCGAAGGAGUCCAGACGCCUAGCAGGCAAGAUCCUCCGUGCUGUCGAUGGCGCUGCCCUCUGCGAUGUGCCUUGCACGGCGGAGUAGACCGCGGCGGGGCUUGCGCUGGCUGAGCGUGCUGCUUGUUACACAGCCGCUCCAAGACCCAGAGGAAGAGCUCUCAGGAUGCCAGAGCCAGCGAAGUCCACCUCUGCGCCCAAAAAGGGCUCCAAGAAAGCCGUGACGAAGACUCAGAAGAAGGGUGAUAAGAAGCGACACAAGAGCAGGAAAGAGAGCUAUUCCAUCUACGUCUACAAGGUGCUGAAGCAGGUCCACCCCGACACCGGCAUCUCCUCCAAGGCCAUGGGCAUCAUGAACUCCUUUGUCAACGACAUCUUUGAGCGCAUCGCUGGAGAAGCCUCCCGCCUGGCCCAUUACAACAAGCGCUCCACCAUCACCUCCCGGGAGAUUCAGACGGCCGUGCGCCUGCUGCUCCCGGGAGAGCUGGCCAAGCACGCCGUCUCAGAGGGCACCAAGGCCGUCACCAAGUACACGAGCUCCAAGUAGCCGGACGUCACCUCUCCAAUGGGACCAUCCAGCAUCGGACCCUCCGCGCAAGCACAGGUAGGCAGCCACGGUCUGGAUAAACAUCACAGCUAUUAUCCACAGCAAUUUACAGCCUUGGGAUGGGCAUGAGAAGCUGCCUGGUGGAAAAGGAGAUGGUGAUCUGGAUGUCGGCUGGUUUUCAUAGUCUGUUCAGGAUGUGCAGCGGGUUUGGCAAGGCUGGUGGAGAAGGCCCCUGCUUUCACAUCUCAUCCAAAGGACUGACCGACUGUAGUAUAUCCAAACUCUCCUCUGUGCUUGGCAAACAUGCAUGUUUGGCGCUGGCGGGAGACUGACAGCGGCAACACAGAGACACCGUCUCUGAGGUCUUCCUGUUUGUCUGCUUUCUCACAGUCAUCCAAGACAGGCACUGAGGAGUCAAGCGCUGGUACCCUCUCCCUCAUAGCCCAGAUCUGUCCCGGUGUACAGUGGCACAGCCCACCCUGUGCUGGCAGAAGUGGCAUCAACAGCUACCAAGCAUGGGCUGUAGAGUAAAAUCCAUAUUGAUUCAACAGCUAUCUGUGCUUGACAGCCUGUUUUAAAGAGCAAGCCUGGCAGGCAAGCAGAUGCCCAUGAUGAUACCAAGCACCAUUCCUCCUCACCACUCCCAAUGGAUGAGCCAUCGAACAGGCUGAAGGUGCCGGCGCUGGAGCUGCCCACUGCCUCCCACCUUGUACCAAGGCAGACGGACAGACAAGGCGGGAUGUUGGGGCUGCGCCGCUGCCUUCCCUGGUUGCUGCUUUGACUGCUUUAGGACUUGCUUCGUUGCGCAAGACAUUGCUAAUUCUGCUGCUUUUCAGAGACUUUUCCUGUCUCAAUGCUGCCCGGGCAUUCCCUUCCACCAUAAGCGUGGGCAAGAUGGGGUGGUGCCUAUGGGGGUUCCCUCUCCUGGAAGCGCUAGGGUGGUGCAGGACAAACAGGACAGAGGUGUUGGGAGAGGACUGAGGAUUUGAGAAGGCACCUGGAAUGAGAGCAGAGGUGGUUAAUGCAGACUAGGGGACAGGCACGCUCCCCACAUACAUCACUGUGGGCAGCUCACCUGGCCCUGCUUUCCCUGCUUUAUUCACUCGUUAGAAAGCAAAAGCAAAAACUGGGGCUGGUUGGAUAUAGAGACACUCACCUGCACUCCGGUGAUAUUUUAAAGGUUAAUUAAAUUUAAACUAUUUCAGAUACUCCCCACGUCUUCUCAAAGUCCACAGUAAGGUAAGCAAUAAUAAAAUCCUGAUAAAAGCCAUAGAGAUUAGUAGAGGAACGUCUUGGUUACAGGUUUAUCUUGCCCAAACUGCUGGAUAGCAGAAGAGCAUGUGUAGAACUGGUGUGAAGCUGAAGCUUCCUACUCAAAACACAAAAUUAGCUAACAUUUUUUUUUUUUUUAAAUCAAAAUCUCUGGUAGGCAGUAGCGCUCAGAUAAAAAAUAUUCAUGUGUAAAAUAACAACUGCUUUCUGCAGCUUAUUCUGUAAAUAAAAAGGACGGCAAAGACACAGGAUCCAAAACUAAGUGCAGGUUAUCCCCAAGCUCCAAGAUCUUGCUUUUAAUUGAAAGGUAAAUUCAUACCUCAAAAUUGCAGCCUUGCAGUACAUCUCUCACUUUCCCCUAUGUUUAUCUCUAUCCUAUUUCUUUACACAUGGAGAUUGAUGGGGACCCUUGACAAAUUUAUGUUGCUUUUGGAGCUGCAGGACUCUUGUCUUGUUUUUAUAAGUGUUGCAGUUAUUUUCUAGUUGAUCUGAGGGAAGGACUGCAUAGACCUGCUCAGCCAAGAGCACCUUCGAAACCCGACAGCAGCGUGGGGUCUCGUGGUCUCUGUGCAAGAGCAAAGGUCAAGUUGCUUAUGGGCUGCUCCCAUCCCCUGCUUCGGGUUUGAACACCCCACACCCGAAAAGGGGCUCGCCUCCCACACUUUUCUCGGUGAUAGCACACAGCCAUGUUUCAUACCCUAAUGCCAGCAGGCAUCCCUAGCAGUAUCUUUCAGAAGGAGCAAAAUGGGCUCCCCAGUUGUCAGCACCCACAAGGAGCAGCUCCCAGCAGCAGUACCUGUACUUGGUAGCAUUGGUAACCUGGAUCACUUGGACAGGACACUUUGGAGGUGACAGAUUAGCACUUCCUUUUGUUUUCCAAUCACAUAGUCAGAUACCAAAGAUGAAAAUGUACCUGCGGUGGGCCUAGAGCCACUGUCCCUGGCCCCUCUCCCACCAGAAGUCAGACAGUGGAUGGUGCAGAAGGGGAGUGAAGGGCUGGCUGGCAGCACUGGAGCUUUCUCCUCCCGUCCCUGUGAGCUGUGGGUCAGAAUUCAUCCCCCUGGGGAGUCCUCCUGAAGGUAGAAAUUCAAAGUGGAAUAAAUCCACUCCAGUUCAAGCAGUGUGUGUGAGCCAGGACACACAUCUCCCAGGAUUACCCAGCAUAGCCUCGAAAUCCUCUCUUUUGAGCAGAGCAGAGACCUGCUUCAGUCUCUGCAGGCUGAAAGAAGUCAGGAAAAUAAAAUGAGGUGUUGGCCCUCCAAGGUCUCCUGGGCAGCUCAGAGAGCUGGGGACAAGGCUGGGCGCUCGGAUGAGAACUGCUGGCCACAUACACAUACAUACACAGUACUGAUCUCAUUUUCUUCUGCCACUGUUGCCACUCUCCAUUUUUGAUCGUUUCAGUGACAGGAGAAAUGGCAAUUUAAGUCUAUAAAAAUACUUGAAGGCUUAAAGAGGGUUUUUAUAUUGUCUAAAACCAAGUGACUGAGAUUGGUCAUGUCCAUCCAUUUAUAGUUUAGGCUGUCGUUUCACACAUCAUUUGCUCUUCACCCACCCUUUGUAUCAUUUCUUUACUUACCCCCGACAGUGUGGAGCACAGAAUUGAGGAACUGAUCCAGGUUAAAAUGAACCUUUUUUUUUUUCUUUUCUUGCCAGCUUUGUUUUAACCCAGUUCUAGUGGCUGCUCUGAUCUGUGACUGUCAUACAGACCCUUGUGCCAGCCAAGGGAAGGGCUGAUCCAGAAAAGACAAGUCUGGCAUAAGCUAGGUCUGCCACCGAAAGCAAUUGGGAGAUUAAUGGCCUUUGUGUCAAAGAAAAAUGAAGAAAGGAAAUCUUUGUCUCCUGCAGUGGCCCAGUUAGCAGCAAAGGUGUGGCUUCUAAAUACAGUGCUAUGGGUGUUACCCUUGCUGUGUCCCACAGGCAGUUUCUGUAACAGUCCUGAUGCUGGAAAUCAGAUGCAUCCCAUUUCUGCAGAUCCCAGAGGACACCCAUGUUACACAAAGGAGAAGGAGCAGAUUAGGAAGCGGACUUGGCUCUCAUGCAGCCACCCAGCUGUAGUGGUACAGCAGGCAAACAGUGUGCAAGGCAGCCUGCCCUUCCCACAGCUGCCUGCCGCUGUACAGGAGCACGCUCACAGCGGGUUAACAGGAAUUAUUUUGACUCUGCUGAGCUUGGACUGAGCCUUAAUAGUAGAGGCAAUAGAAAAUGGUCUAAAAUUUCAAGCAUUGAUUGUCCACUCAAUAAUCUGAUCUGUGACGUAUUCCAUAGUUCCCUGGUAAGGGGAUUUGCUUCAGAAGGAGUUCUGCUCUUCAGGAUCUGUGCUUUUAAAAAAUAUGUAUUUCCAGCUCUGGAACUGAUAAAAUGUUUUAAAAGUGAAGGUAGUACACCAAGAUAAUACACCAAGCCCCACUGUCCCUACCUGAUUCUUACUACAAUCCUAGAAGCAUCUCUAGGCUAUUACCUAUGUUUUGCCAAUUAAAAAAAAAAAAAAAAAAAAAAAUCAACUGCAGAUUGAAAGUUGGAAAAGGAAGC